CAGCAAAGCACAGUUGCGUCGUAUAGAUGUAGAGGACGAUAUUGAAUGUCAUUUCGAUGCUAAGGCAUGUUCAUACAUUACAAGCCGUAUGUACGAAAAGAAUCAAGCAGACGACGGAUGAUCGAGUACCCGAUCGGAGGUCUGUACCUAUGAUUGUAACAACACACCCUAUCAUUAUAGGGCACCGUGUUGCAACAAUCCCCACUUUUCUUAAGACACUAACUACAACGAUUUGUUGCAACAUCGGUUGCAACAAACCACUACGACUACAAGUACACUAUAAGCCUAUCGGCAAUAGCCGAGCACCGUCGCCACCGUCGUCGGCGUCGGCCGACCCGUCGGUCGCCGUCGUCGCGCGCCCUCGCGAUCCCGACGCGCGCGCACCCGACGCGGCGGCAUCACGUGGCCCGCCUCCCGCCUCCCGAUCCUCCCACGCCCUACCUGGGCGGUGCCCCCGCCGCCGCUGCUCGUCCGCGACCCCCCUCGACGCGCGGUGCGUCGCUCGACGCUGCGCCACGGUCCGCGCUCGCCGUCAAUCGGUGCCGGUCACCGUUCCACGUGCCCGCCGCUCCCUCGCAACCAAUGCGCGCUCCCUGGCGACGCUCGCUCAUCGCUGCUCGGCCGUCGUCGCGUCUACAGCCCCUCCCCGCGAUGCUCAUCGUAGCGCGCUACGACGGCGACGGGGUGCGAGCGCGAGCGAACCGGGCACACACCGGAACGGCGCGGGUGCACGCUCGCGGCUGUUGCCGGGUCGCGACCGGGUCUCGGCGGUUGCCGCGCACCGGCAGUUGCCGACCUCGUCGACACGUCAGCGCCACGCGUCCCUCGUCUCGAGCACGGGCUGCGCGUCGCGCUCCGUGCGCGACAAUGCGCGCCAUGCACGCCGUGGAAGCGCCGCACCCACUGCCAGGGCAUCAAAGAUGGCGACACGCCCCUGACGACGGGCUUCGGGCGACAUGCCUCGCAGCACACCGUGGGUAUGCCUCCGCUUGAACUGCAAGGCGACGAGGACUGCACAGCGUAGUGCACUUGCGUGAGUAGUUACUCCCGCGAGUGCAGCUCGCGCGAGGCCGUGAGGUGGAUGAGGGAGGCGAUGGGCGGCAACAGAUGUGG